UCGUAAUCAUUCCUCAAAACAUCCAAAUCCACCUAUACGAGGAUCAAUCAUCUCUCUGUGACUGUUGAUUUCUCGUACGGUUCAGGGUUGGAUCAUCAGAAGAAGCUAGAUGGCAGGUGGGAAGGGCUUCAUCCUACAGCUGUUCUUGGUGUGCUUGGCGGCGCCGGCGGUCAGGUCGAGCUGGCUCCAGGGCACCGCCACCUUCUACGGCGGCAGCGACGGCUCCGGCACAAUGGGUGGCGCUUGUGGGUACACCAAUCUGUACGACCAGGGGUACGGGCUCAGCAACGCAGCGCUGAGCACAGUGCUGUUCAACGACGGGGCCUCGUGCGGGCAGUGCUACCUCAUCAUCUGCGACCAGAGCAAGUCCACUAUGUGCAAGACAGGAAAGGCCAUCACCGUCACCGCCACCAACUUAUGCCCGCCCAACUACAACCUCCCCAACGACAACGGCGGCUGGUGCAACCCUCCUCGCCCUCACUUUGACAUGUCCCAGCCAGCGUGGCUCAACAUCGGAAUCUACGAGGCCGGCAUCAUCCCCGUCGUCUACCAACAAGUCAAAUGCUGGAGAACGGGUGGGCUCCGAUUCACCAUAUUAGGUUUCAACUACUUUGAGCUGGUGCUGGUAACCAAUGUGGCCGGGAGCGGGUCGAUCAAGAGCAUCUCGGUGAAGGGUACCAACACCGGGUGGACACAGAUGUCCAGAAACUGGGGCGUCAUCUGGCAGGGCAUGUCAGGGCUGGCGGGGCAGUCGCUCUCAUUCAGUAUCAGCUCCACGGGAGGACAGAACAUCAUCUUCCAGAACGUCAUACCGGCGGGGUGGACGUUCGGCCAGACCUACUCCACCUGGCAGCAGUUCGACUACUAAAACCACCGUUCCCAGCCGUCUCUACACGUCAAUAUCGUUGUUAAAUUGCUUCUCCAAGCGUUUACGUACGUACUUACAGCUAGCUAGCGCACUCCACGGUUGGAAUCGCUGGCUUGAUUCAUUAAUUUGCUCAUGUGAUGUACUCCUAGAUUGAAUUUCGAAAUUGUAAUUAAUCCACAUGCAUAUUCAAGGGUUAUUGGAUUGAUUGCUUGCUUGAACCCGCAAAAAAGAUUGCUUGCUUGA